CUUUCCCCCUCCGUUCUCGCAUCAGCAGCAGCCACAAACAAACCCCGAAAAUUGGCACGCGCCAAGGGAAGAGCGAGAGAAAAGGAGUACCGAAACUUCGACAAGUACAAAAACCCAGAGCAGCCGAAAACUUGAACAAAACGCGGGGGCAAAGCUUGACUCUGGCUCUUCUGGAAAACGCGGCUCACCGGACCAGAAGUGUGCGCAGGUCACUCUUGGACACGCGGCGCACGGGAUCAGAAGUCCGAGAAGCGGGACUCUUGCAAAGGCGGCGCACGGGAUUAGAAGUGCGAGCAGAGCAAAUUCAUGUGGACAACAGGAGUCUUUUGCCUUCGGAGUGCGAAAAGUGGUGCAGUCGAGUGACUGGUACCAAGUGACCCAAGUGAAGGAGUUUACCUUGACGACCUCGAGGAGAGUGUGCCGGCCCAGGACCAGCGGCGGAGCACCCGGAGACACUCGUGUGUGUGUGCGUGAGAGCGAGACGGACAUGGUUGACGAUGAUGAACGCCGUUGGCGUCAUUUUAAUCCGGAAAUACCAAAAAGAUCUGGUAAAAUUGGGGAGCUAGAAAAAUUUGACGCAACUUUUUUUGGAGUCCAUUUUAAACAAGCCCACACAAUGGACCCGCAAACACGAAUUUUGAUUGAGACGGCUUACGAAGCUGUAAUAGACUCAGGAAUUAAUCCGAAAAGUCUACGUGGAUCAAAAACUGGAGUGUACAUAGGCUCUUGUAUAUCUGAAUCCGAGAAAACAUGGUUUUAUGAAAAGGUUUCUUCUGGCGGAUUUGGAAUCACUGGCUGUAGUAGAGCUAUGAUGGCGAACAGAAUAUCCUAUUGUUUGGGACUUGAGGGUCCUUCAUUUUUACUAGAUACAGCUUGUUCUAGUUCAAUGUACGCUUUAGACAAUGCAUUCAGCGCUAUUCGAAAUGGAGAAAUUGAUGCUGCAAUUAUUGGUGGAUCAAACUUAUUACUUCAUCCCUUUGUUACACUUCAGUUUGCACGACUUGGCGUUUUAGCGCCAGAUGGUUUUUGUCGCCCCUUUGAUAAAAAUGCUAGUGGUUACACCAGAUCAGAAACAAUUAAUUGCCUAUUCCUACAAAGAAAAAAAGAUGCUAAGCGAGUUUACGCAAGUGUGGUUUAUUCAAAAACCAACUGCGAUGGAUACAAGCCAGAGGGGAUAACUUAUCCAUCGGGUAUAGUUCAAGAGAAAUUGCUUGAUCAGUUCUACAAAGAUAUUGAUCACAAACCAAGUGAGUUAGGUUAUUUGGAAGCUCACAGUACGGGAACGGUCGUUGGUGAUCCAGAGGAGUGCAAAGCAAUCGAUAAUGUUCUAUGCAGUCAAAGGGAAAAGCCACUACUUGUAGGUUCCGUAAAGUCAAAUGUUGGUCAUUCAGAAGCGGCUUCUGGAAUCUGUUCCCUAAUAAAAGCUUGUUUCGCUUUUGAAUCUGGAUUAAUUGCACCAAACAUAAACUUUACGGAGGUUAAACAAGUAAUUUUACCCUUGGCCGAGGGAAGGUUGAUUGUUGUUAAGGACGUAACUCCCCUACCAAAUCCCUAUAUUGGAAUUAACUCAUUUGGUUUCGGUGGUGCGAAUGCACAUGCACUUUUGAAGGGUUAUCCAAAGUCAAAAACUAAUUUUGGAUUGCCAGAAGAUGAAGUUCCGCGGCUACUCACUUGGGCAGGAAGGACGGAGGAUGCAGUUGAAGAGAUUUUUAAUGCUGUAGAAAAAAAUCCCUUGGAUGCUGAGUUUAUUGGAUUGCUUCAAAAUAUUCAAGAGGAAGACGUUUCUGGUAUGGUAUUCCGAGGGUAUGCGGUAUUCGCCAAACAAGGAGUUGAACCAUGUAAAGCAUUGAUAAGAGAUGUUCAACAUUACACUGGCCUUAGACGCCCGAUCGUCUGGGUUUAUAGCGGAAUGGGGUCGCAAUGGUAUGAAAUGGGGUCAUCACUUAUGACAAUUCCACGUUUUCGGGAAUCGAUUGAAAAUUGUCAUCAGACGUUGCUGUCAAAAGGCCUUGAUCUUAAACAUAUAUUAACAUCCAAUGAUCCAGAAAUUUACCAGAACAUUUUGCAUUCGUUUGUGGGAAUAGCAGCUGUGCAAAUAGGACUUACAGAUGUCUUGCGAUCUCUAAAUUUUCAACCAGACUAUAUUAUUGGGCAUUCUGUUGGUGAAUUGGGCUGCGCAUAUGCGGAUGGUGGGCUGACUGCUGAACAAAUGAUAUUGGCCGCUUAUUAUCGUGGUAGAGUUAGUGUGGACCUAGAAAAAAUUCAGGGUUCAAUGGCAGCAAUCGGCGUUGGAUAUAAAACUAUUCUGCAUAUGCUGCCAAAGUCAAUUGAGACGGCAUGUCAUAAUGGCCCGGAUUCGUGCACAAUAUCUGGACCAUUAGAUGAUGUUUCCCAAUUUGUAGCUGAGUUGAAAACAAAGGGAAUUUUCGCAAAGGAAGUUCCCUGUUCAAAUAUUGCAUAUCAUUCCAAAUACAUCGCACAAAUGGGGCCUCCAUUAUUGAAAUAUAUGAAAGAGAUUAUUCCAAAUCCUAAAACUAGAACUAUGAAGUGGUUGAGUACUAGCGUUCCCAAAAUUGAUUGGGAUAAGGAUCAAGCAAAAUUAUGCUCAGCAGAGUAUCAUACCAAUAACUUAUUAAACAGUGUACUCUUCGAUGAAACAUUUUCAUUGCUACCAAAAAAUUCAUUGACUAUUGAAGUGGCGCCCCAUGGACUUUUAGGUGCUAUUCUUAAACGAUCAAUGCCUAAUGGUGUACAUAUUCCUCUAACAAAUAGAGGUAAUACGAAUAAUGCAUUGUUUUUUCUAUCGGCCCUGGGAAAGAUAUAUCAAAAUGGAGUUUUAUUACCAGUUGCUAACUUGUAUGAAAAAAUUCAAUUCCCUGUAUCGCGCUCGACACCCAGUAUUAGCCCGCUUAUUCGUUGGGACCACAGUGAAGACUGGUUCGUGACGAAAUACGAGAAUAUGAAGACCAAAUCUAGCGGAGAGCGUGUGUUUCCAGUUAAUUUGGCGAGUGACAAUGAAGAAUUUAUGAGUGGACAUAUAAUUGACGGAAAAAUUCUUGUGCCAGCAACAUGUUAUCUUCAGUAUGUUUGGGAAACUUUCUCACUUAUGUACCAUGGGCCGAGUUAUAUGGAUGUACCUGUUGAAUUCGAAGACAUACGUUUUAUAAGAGCCACAAGUAUGCCAGUUAAUGGAAAAGUAGACUUAACUGUUAUGAUUCACUAUGGCACCGGACACUUUGAGAUAACUGAAGCGGGUAACUUAGUUGUUAGCGGAGUUAUCCGUGAGACUGAAAAGCCGACUAUUCCGGAAGUAUACAAUUUUCAAGCUAAUUCAGAGUUUCCGAUGAUUUCCAAAAGAGACUUUUACAAGGAGCUAAGAUUGCGCGGCUAUCAUUACAAUGGAGCGUUUCAAGCCGUCCAAAUGGCUCGAUCAGAUGGAUUGUUUGGAAAGGUUGAAUGGAAUUAUAAUUGGGUAACAUUCAUGGAUGCUAUGCUCCAAAUUCAAAUUUUGGGGACUGAUUCACGAACUCUUUUAUUACCAACCAAAAUCCGGAAACUUAAAAUAAAUGGUGUUCAUCAUUUUGAUUUAAUGACAAAAAUGAAUCCUGACAAUCGCGUUUUUAAUGUGUAUGUAGAUCACAUGUAUGACCGGAUUAUUGCAGGAGGAAUAGAGCUUGUCGGACUGCAUGCGAGUCCAGUGCAAAGGCGUAGACCUCCUGGAAUUCCAGUCCUUGAAGAAUAUAGUUUUCUUCCACUUUCUCCAUCCCCAAUCCUAUCUAUAAAAAAUGCUGCCCGUGUUUGCGUUCAAAUUGCUCUUGAGAACAACCCCACCAUAAAAAUGAAGCUGGUUGAAUUAGACACAGAUGGGAAAAAAACAGUGCUACCUGAAUUUUUAGAAGCAAUUGAAGACUUACCUGUCAUUACUGGAGAUGGCAUUCUAUUGACAUCUCAAAAGCUAGAAAACAUUCCAGGCCUUCAUAUUGAAAAUGGAAAGUUGUCUUCUCAAUCAAAUUGUCAUUUCGUCAUAAUUGGUAGGCUAGAAGAAGAACAAAUACAUGAUAUAAAUGCAACUGCCCACAAGGUUCUAGUUGAUACUGGAUAUCUGUUGAUUAGGCAAAACUCUACAGCGAAUAUUUUGGCACUUGAUCAAUUUAAAACAAUUGCAAUAAUUCCGAUUGAUGACAACAAAGAAACACUUCUUUUACUGCAGAAAAUAUCAAAAAAAUUAUCAGUUAACCCAGUUUUGGUUAGAGUAUCUCAAAAGGAUACGAAUUUUGAUUGGAUUUCAGUGUUACAAUCAGCGAUAAAUACAAAAGCCCCGGUAAUUGUGUAUUCAUUUAAUGAAUCAUUGAAUGGGAUUAUUGGAUUGGUCAACUGUUUAAGAAAAGAGCCAGACGGUAAUAUGAUUAGAUGUUUUUUUAUUGACGACCCAAGUGCUCCAGCAUUCGAUUUGUCUCACCCUUUUUAUUCUACUCAACUUUCACUGGGAAUGGCAUUCAACAUCUAUCGUAAUGGUUCUUGGGGCAGCUAUAGGCAUUUGCAAUUGCAUAAAAUUGAGAAUAAAAUGCCUAGAUUAGAUCAUAUUUAUGGAAACGUAAUUCAGCGUGGAGACCUAUCCACUUUACGAUGGCUAAAAGGACCCCUUAAUCCACAAAAUUGUCAGAUUAAAAUAGCAUUUUCAUCUCUAAAUUUUCGAGAUGUAAUGCUUGCAACUGGUCGGUUAGCCGUUGAAUUAUAUGGAUCAAGUCGUAUAGAUCAAAACUGUGUUUUGGGUUUUGAAUAUUCCGGAAUUAAUGUGGAAACAGGACGACGAAUUAUGAGCAUGGUUGUUAAAGGAGGUGUGGCUUCCUAUGUUGAAAAACCAUCAAAACUUAUUUGGGAUAUUCCUGAUCAUUGGUCUUUAGAAGAGGCAGCCACAGUGCCUGUAGUAUAUAUAACUGUCUAUUAUGCCUUUUUUAUGAUUAGCGAUAUACGAAAAGGAAAGAGCAUUCUAAUACAUGCAGGUACUGGGGGCAUUGGUCUAGCCGCCAUUCGAGUGGCGUUGGCCUAUAACUUGGAGGUUUUUACAACAUGCAGUACACCGCAAAAAAAACAAUUUUUGUUGGAAACGUUUCCGCAACUUAAAGAAUCCAACAUUGGGAAUUCUCGAGAUACAUCAUUUGAGCUUAUGGUGCAGCGUGAGACAAAUGGAAAAGGUGUGGAUUUUGUGUUAAACUCUUUAUCAGAAGAAAAGCUGCUUGCUUCAGUACGUUGUCUUGGUAAGUCAGGAAGGUUUUUGGAAAUCGGAAAAUUCGACAUGGCAAACGACAACAAGAUUGGAUUGGGGUCCUUCUUAAAAGAAAUAACUUUUCAUGCUGUUCUUGCUGACAGCCUUCUUUUGGCACCUGAUCAAGAUAUUUUGCAUUUAAAAGCCCUAAUCGAUUCUGACAUUAACAAUGGAAUAAUUCAACCACUACCGGUUAAAGUCUUUCCGGCUCAUGAAAUUGAACACGCAUUUAGACAUUUAAUCGGUGGCAAGCACAUAGGAAAAGUUGUUAUUCAAGUUCGAGAAAAACCGGAUGAUCCCUCCACUCUACCUGUUAGAGUUCUUAGUCAAAUUUACUUCAAGCCUAAUCUUACAUAUGUCAUCCCUGGGGGCCUGGGAGGUUUCGGAAUGGAAUUGGCUGAUUGGAUGACGCUUCGUGGAGCACGAAAACUCAUGCUGAGUUCAAGCCGCGGAAUCAAAAAAGACUAUCAAUCUUUCAGGAUUGCGUUAUGGAAGACCUAUGGCUGCGAUAUCGCUAUAAGCACCGCAGACAUUUCAUCAAGAGAGGGCUGCCGUCAACUUCUUUCUGAAGCUACUGCGUUGGGACCAGUGGGUGGAAUAUUUAAUUUGGCUGUCGUGCUAAGAGACAGUAUUUUUUCCAACCAAAAUGCAAAACAAUUUUUAGAAAGCUUUGCACCAAAAGCUAUUGCGACCAAAUAUUUGGAUGAGCUAUCUCGUAUUUCUUGCCCUGAGUUGGAGCACUUCGUAGUUUUUUCAAGUGUUUCAUGUGGACGGGGAAAUGCUGGCCAAGCUAAUUAUGGAAUGGCUAAUUCUGUAAUGGAACGCAUAAUUGAGCAUCGAAACAAAGACGGCCUGCCAGGCAAAGCUAUUCAAUGGGGGGCCGUCGGUGAAGUAGGCUUAGUAGCUGAUAUGGCGGAAGACAAAAUAGACAUGGAAAUAGGAGGCACCCUUCAGCAAAGAAUUUCAUCAUGCAUUCAGGAACUUGAUCAUUUACUAAGUUCCGAGGCAUCAAUUGUGUCAAGCAUGGUCGUUGCUGAAAAACGAAUCGGGCGAUCAGGAAAUGAAAGUAUUAUUGGUGCUGUCAUGAAUAUUAUGGGAAUACGGGACUUAAAGUCAGUAUCUUUAGGAACAACACUAUCAGAAAUGGGUAUGGACUCAUUAAUGGCGGUGGAAAUUAAGCAAACUCUAGAGCGUGACUUUGAGCUCAUUUUAUCACCACAAGAUUUACGUCUCCUUACCUUUCAAAAACUUCAGGAGUUUAUUGAAGCUAGAGAAAAGGAGAAUACAGAUGGAAUUAAAAUGAUUUUUGCUUCAGAAAGUAAGCUCCUAGGUAUGGAGUUACUGAUCCGAAACCUAGGAGACGAAACAAACUGCGAUCGUAUUAUUAUCCCGCUUAAGACCUCCGCAUCUCCUACGAAACAGAGUCUUCCACCAAAUAUUAUAAUACCUGGACUAGAGGGCACAGCUGGACGUGCAUGGUACCAAAUGGGCUUGAACUUGCAAAGCAGGGCAGUUGUACUACAGCUUCAUCAGUUCGCACAUUUGGAAAAUCUAAAAGACUUAGCACAACAAAGUUUUGAACAAGUUAAACUUAUUUUAAAGCAAACAGAACCUUUUUAUGUGAUUGGAUACUCUUAUGGAACAUUUGUAGCUUUACAGCUGGCAGAGUUGCUUGAAAGUGCCGGUUUUCGUGGACAUAUAAUGUUGAUAGAUGGAGCACCUCAUUUUUUGAAAAAGCUAACAAAUCUGCAUUUGGGUGAACAGUUUUCGGACAAUGAUCUUUACGAUCUUCUUUUUUCAAGUAUUGUUAAUCAGAUAUUCCCUGAAGAAACUAAGGAGUCAAUGUCAGAAGCUUUUCACAAAGUGGAAAAUCUUUCAGAAAAAAUGUCAUUGUUUAUGGAAUAUGUUCAAAAACAAAGUAUAUACAGUAAAGAAUACGCUGCGACAAUGGUGGAAGCUAUGUUUAGGCGAGUUAAAAUGGCAGCCUCUUUUGAUUUAAAUGGUUUAAAGAAAAUUAAAUCGCCUAUAACUUUAGUUCGACCUGCUGAAGUUUCACUGCAAGACAUUGAUGAAGACUAUUGUAUUUCAUUACUUACAUCUGGCACAGUUACACUUAAAGUAAUUGAAGGAAAUCAUACGACGAUGUUGGACAAUCCAUCAUUAAGCCAGAUAAUAAAUGAUUUUGAUCCGGCCCUGUUAGAGGAUAAAAAUUUUGAAGAAUAUAUUAGAAACGACAAGCCCGUUUCCGUUGUUUAAAAACAUUUUUAAAAUAUUUUUAUCAAUAAUCAUAAAAAUUAAGACGGCCCAACAGCCAAUAAUAUAAUGUAUAAUAUAAAUAUUAUGUACAAAAAUUAUUUUUUAAUGCUUAUUAACAAAUAUUUAAAAACAUAAAAAUAAAAAGACUGAAAUUUGUA